UGCAAUUGCAUGUGGUUGAUUGGAUGAAUCACACCCUCGUCUCUCCACAUGUGUCGACACGCGUGCGUCACAUCGCGCUUUGACAUUCACGCACAGUCGAUAUCGUGGAUGGAUGGAAGGAUGCCGUCCAAACUUACCUCCCACAGACAAGAUCCACGCAGAGCUUUCAGGCAGGCAGACAGGGAGGCGAGCAGGCAGGCAUUGUGUGCCCCUCCCCUCGGCUGUCUGUGUCCUUGCUUCCCCUCAGUCAGCUCGCUAGAAGCCACACUUCCAUCUCAGUGAUGGCGAAGGUCAUGCUGCCCGCCAGUGUGCCGUCACCAUCCUCAUCCACCUCCCCACGAUACCCGAUUGGCAAAUAGGCCUUCUUGACCAUCAUGGCACAGCCGCUGAGGUCGGCAGCCGGGCCGGACUCAUCACGGCCUAACACCAUAACUGCUGCAUCAUCCACACCGAUGGCCAUGUCGGCGACCGGCUGCCCAUCAGGCCCCCUCACCGCCCCCUCCCGCCCAGCGACCGCCACCCCCUGUGACAGCUCUGCCGGCAUGGGUAUCUUGGUGGGUCCGCCACACGCCCCGCUGAUGCUGUAGAAGGAAACGGGGCAGGGGGUCUCCUUGGCCUGGGUGGGGCUGUCGGGCUGUGCAAGGGGGUGGUCCAUGGUGCACGCGAAGAGGUGUGCGGGUCCAUCGCGGAUGAGAAACAGCAGCCGCUGGGCGCCGAGAGUCUUGCUCAGGAAUGUCGAGUACUUGAAUCCAUCACGUGACGACCUGAAGGAAUGGAAGCCAUCUGAUGUGAGUGUGUGUGUUGUGUGUGUGUGGGGGGGGGAGCGUCAGUACUUGUAGAGUAGCUGCAUCGAUUUGAUGCGCAUGUAGCGGCUCAGCCAGUGGCGCAGCGCACGGUAGCUACCAUAGUGCGACGACAGGCGCACAAACUGCACACAUCAGCGAAACAUGUGUCGGCAGAUGGUCACGAGCUGGCUGUCCUUCAGGUGAAGUCCCUACCUGCUGGCCGGGUGUGCAAAUGUGACGAGCGGCCGCCACCAGCUUCACACUCUGAUCCUGCAAGAAGAGACAGGCAGGCAGGCAGACAGGCAUGCCACGGAUGAAUGGCCGGGUGUCUGGUUGUCUGACGGACCGAUGUGAGGUUGUCCAUGAUGGCGUCGAGCGAAGCGGCCAUCUGCCUCAGCCCCCUCUUGUCGUCAUGGAGGUCGACUUGCACAGCCGUCGUCACGUCGUCAACCACAUGCGCACGCAGCCCCUGACAUUCACACAUGGCACACACUGUCUGUGCAAACGUGCAGCGGCUCGCGUGGCCCCUUUCCUGUCUGAUGACUGACAAGAGAUACCUACCUGCACUUGCGCAACCAUUCCUCUCAUUUCCCUUAUGGUAGUCCCCAGUGCACCCUGCAGCGACUUGAUCUCUUGCGCCGCCUCACGAGAAGUCGCGUGCAUCUGCACAGUGCACAUUACACGACACGCAGAUGGAUGGAGGCGACUUCACGUCCGUCAGCUGUCCAGGCACCUACCUGCUGAAGGUCCUCCUUGUGCUGGUCGAAGGCCAGCUGCAGCGCCUCGAGCUUCUCACACACCGCCGAUAUGUCACUCUACGACAUCCAUCCAUCCAUCCACAGCACACACACGGACACAGGCACACAUCAGCAGCACCACUAGGUACCUGCAGCUGUUGCUCGAGCGCCCGCUUCGCACCACGCAACGCCGCCAGCUCCUGCGCAUGACCGACAAGAACCACAUGGCAUCCUGUCAUGGCGCUGUGCCUCCCUUCCGCGUACCUGUGCCUGCUGUUGGAGAAGGGCCUUCAUGCCAUCCACCUCCUGGCGAAGAGCCGCCUCCAUCUGCACACACACACACAUCACGGCAUAUCACUGUGCGUGCUGAGUCGCUCUCUUCCUUGCCACUUCACCUGCAGCGCCUCGAAUCUCGAAUUCUCACGCAGCCGUCGUUCGCCAGGGGUCGCCUCACCAUCAGGGCCAACAGUUGUCGAGCCUGAGGCGGUCGCCAGGUCCUCUAUGCUCAUAAACGUGUACAUUCGUUCAUUAUCUGCAAGCUCAAAAA